UAUAAAAUUUGAGUAAAAACCCCUUGUGUUGAGUUUGAGUUCGUCGCCACCGUCGCGUUUUCUGCCGGCGCCUAUUAGCCACCGCAUCCACCUGCGUCGGUCUCCUUUCUCGCAUUUUGCUUUCAUUUCUCAGCCCCCCUUUUCCGUUUGCGACCACUGUCUGCUCCAAUUGUCGGUAAAAUUAGGUACUUACUACUGUGCACGCAAUGUGUCCGAGGAUCGCCUCAGUUUCAGACUCGUGAGUCAGUCGGCGUUAUGUCAUCAUAGAAAUUUGAAACUCGAAACCUGAUUCAGCAAAUCAAUCGUGAUAUAUGUUAUUCUCUGAUCUCCACACAUGACACGAACAUGAGGAGGAAAAUUGGAUCGAUCAAACCGGUGAAUCUGGUGAGAUUCGUCUGCUUGAUCAUCUCUUUUACGUUCAUCGUCAUACAGAUUUAUUCAGCGCUUCAACUCGGAAGCAUCUCCUCAGAAACUUCAUCCGCAGAACUUAAAUUAUUACCAAACACCAGAACUUCCAGCAGUAGUGAAUUCGGAGAAACAGUGAUUAAGAUGUUGCCGGAAGAUCUGAAGUUCACUAUGUUUUUGCCUUCAGAGGAAUCCUUCCGCCGUGAUCUGAGAUUGAAUAUGAACGACAGCAAUUCAUAUGCAGUGCUAACUAGAGUGUUGGGAUUCUCGGCUGUACCGAGAUGGAUAACUUUAGCAGAGCUGGAGUAUGGCAAGGAAAAAUGUUUCCAAACCAUAUCUGGAUUCAAUUUGUACGUAUCGAAGGAUUCGACCGGAAUGGUCGUGGUUAAUGGCGUAGUUUCAAACCAGGUAGGGUUGAAAAUGAAGGACCUAAUGGUGCAUAUUAUGGAUGGAGUGGUAAUGGAUGCUGAAUUUGAGCAAUCGAUGAGCCUGAAGAAUACGAUCUUGGAAGAUGAAGAUGAUGACGUUAUUUUAACGAGGUUAGUUUUAUCGAUUUAGAAUUAAUACUCGGGCAAAUUAUAUAAUAUAUCCUUGCAUUUGAUUUGUUUUAAAAAAAAAAAUGCAUAGAAGAUUGUCUCAUAUAAUAUUAGGUUACACCCUCAUUUCCAUCUAAAAUAUAUCCUUGUUACUAAAUGGUAAAAAUAAAAUUUUUUUAAUUGUGAUUCAUAUAAAAGAUUGUAUCACUUUUUGUGUAUAUAUAUAUAUAUAUAUGUGUGUGUAAUAUUUAUAUUCUAUAUGUUCACACAAAAGGUAAAUAUUUUGUUAUUUUUAUUUGUUCAAAUACAGAUAUUCCUCUUAAAACUUUUCUCUUUAUGUGUCAACUUGUUAGGAGCAUUUAUUUGACAGUUACUCGACCUCCUGCUUACAUUGUCCACUUGUCUUCCUUAAUUCUAUUCAGUUAUUUUGUUUAGUUCUAUGUAUUCUCUGUUAUGUUAAGAAGAUAUUAUUGCAUGACUUACACUUCUCAGAGAA